AAUCUAUGGAAAGCAAGAAAAAAGAAAGAAAAAAAUAAGAAGGAAAUUAUUAAGUGGAACACAAAUUAAUCAUGCGGCUAAAGAGGAGUUUCCAACAAACAUUAAACCUACAUAUAAUUUGUAUUUUGUUACUUAAAAUUGCCUCAACAUUGUGUAAUGAACUUGAGCUACCAUCAAAAUAUGUUCAAGCGGCUUCAGGACAUACAAACAACUGGGCAGUGUUAGUCGACACAAGCAGAUUUUGGUUCAACUAUCGUCAUGUAGCAAACGUUCUUUCAAUUUAUCGCUCAGUGAAACGCUUAGGAAUUCCAGAUUCUCAAAUUAUUCUUAUGAUUGCUGAAGAUAUGGCUUGCAACCCAAGAAAUCCACGACCAGCUACUGUUUUUAAUAAUGCAAAUCAACAUAUAAACGUUUAUGGCGAUGAUGUUGAAGUUGAUUAUCGUGGCUAUGAAGUAACUGUCGAGAACUUCGUUCGAUUGCUCACUGGUCGUGUUAAAAAUGGCACAGCAAGAAGUAAAAAAUUGUUGACCGAUCCAGGUUCAAAUGUUCUCAUCUAUCUGACAGGUCAUGGAGGUGAAGGAUUCUUAAAAUUUCAAGAUUCAGAAGAAAUAACAAAUCAAGAACUUGCUGAUGCCAUCGAGCAAAUGUGGCAAAAGCAAAGAUAUCAUGAACUCUUUUUCAUGAUUGACACUUGUCAAGCUGCGUCAAUGUACGAGAAAUUUUAUUCUCCAAAUAUUCUCGCAGUUGCAAGUAGUUUGGUUGGUGAAGAUUCGUUGUCACAUCAUGUUGAUCCUGCAAUUGGUGUGUACAUCAUUGAUCGCUACACUUAUUAUGCCCUUGAAUUUCUUGAGAAAGUUGAGCCUAAUAGUAAAAGAACGAUGGGCGAGUUUCUCACAGUUUGUCCGAAGCGUGUUUGCAUAUCAACUGUCGGAAUCCGACGUGAUUUGUAUCCAAAAGAUCCUCAUUCAGUUCCAAUCACAAAUUUCUUUGGAUCAGUUCGUCCAACAGAAAUAACGAGCGGAGUUGUGAACAUAACAUUUACAGGAAUUCCAGAAGACGAAGAUAGUCUAGAAAUUAAACAAAUAGCGAAAGGCGCAACUUAUGGCGAUCUUAAAAUUAAAUUUCAUGAACAAUUCCCUUCAAAAUUAUUUCAAUAAAAGUCAUCAACCAAAGAUUUUUCCAUAGAUUAAAAA